AUGUUUGUGAACAUUCAUUCUUUAGCAGUUUUUCAACUCAAUGACUUUGCUUCGAGACUUGCUGCUCAGGGCCUUGGGUCCAGUGAGUAUCUAGGGAUGUUGUUGGGUGAUGUGAAUGAGCUGGGAGAGUACGUGGUGAGCUCUGUGUUUGAGGUUCCCUUUGAGGGCGAGGAGAAAGAGGGGUCGCUGGUUGAUACUGGGUAUUUGUUGAAGAAGUUGCGAUUGAUUCAGCAGGUGUCUGGAAACAAUAAAAGCAGUGGUAAUAAGCAGAAUGAGCAAAACUCAUUGAUUGGAUUCUUCACAGUGAGAAAUACGAUUAUUGGCAAGAAAGAAUUGAAUGAUGUUAACCGGAUUUUAAGUAACUAUACAAGUAUUGACAAAUUAAUCUAUUUGAAUUAUGAUGUCGAUGAUAAAUCGAUUGAAAUUUACAAUUCGAUUGACGAUUUCAGUGAGACAAUCAAAUUUAAGGUGAUAUUGAACAAUUCCGAGAAAAUUGCAAUUGAUACAUCGAUCAAAUUUAAUAAUGAGUAUUUAGCUACAUCAAACAAUAAGAACAGUAAUGAGAUAGCUAUUAAAGAAAUAGCUGACACUGAUAAAAACAGUGAAAACCCCAAACGAAAUCAUAAUCUGAACCUAACUAAUUAUAUUGAUAUGAAUUUUAAAACUGAAGAUCUUAAAAAGACUGACGAUUAUUCCAUGAUUGGUGGUCAAAUGAGAAGAUAUUUAAAUUUGAAUUUGAAUUUAUUUAAAAAAAAUCAAGCGUUAAUCAAUAAUUUAAAUGAAAAGAGCAAAUCAUUAAAUUUAUUGUCAAGCAAAUUGGAUUAUUUGAUUAAUUUUUUAAAUGAAAAGUCAAAUAAAAAAGAAGUCACAUUUACAGAUGAUUUAAUUAUCAGAGAGAUUAAUUCAUUGAUUAAUUUAAAAAAUUUCAAAAUGGAUAACAAAGAAAGUUUAGAUCUCCAUUAUUUGCUAAAUUCAAUUUAUUUGCCUAAAUUGACUGACAGUUUAAAUACGCUUUCAUCUAUUGAUAGGACAUUAUAUUGCAACAAUGUGGAUUUAAUUAAUCGUAUAAAAGAAUGA